UGACACGUGAGGAUUCAUUCAUCAGGUCUGCACUAAUUUGAAAAUAUAUCUAAAUGUCUCUUCACUUCUUCUUGUUUAAACAAACAGUCAGAAGUCACAUUAUUAUGAGGAGAAGGGUGGAAUUCUUCGCAAUCUUUCUAUAUUUUCUAGUGAAUAUCAUAAACAAAUACAACUGUCUACGAUACCAAUGUUAUGAUUGUCAAUCUUGUCGUGAUAUAAAUGAUGCGACACCGGUGAAGAACAACUGCUUGGCGUGUUCAACCUUUGGAACCGCCGAUAAAGUCUCCCGAUCUUGCUUUAGUAAAUUCUCGGUGCAAUUCCCAAUAUACAAGCCAUUCAAACUGUCAGUAUGUUAUAAAAAUCUAUGCAAUAGUGUAAACUACUCACAAAUUAUUUCAACACCGAAACCUAACGAUACAAGAUUGCGAGAUAAUGAAUUGGGGUGGACAAUAAGGGAUGCGAUCAGGUGUCAUAUUUGUUCAGACUGCACAAAUAGCAUUGGAAGAAUUGAGUCUGGUUGUGGAGCGUGUGGGAUCAAAAGAAAUGAAUAUUCCACCGACAAAUAUUGUCUGACUAGCUGUGACGAAAUCGUAGAAGGAUCUGUGGUGUCGUGCUGCACAACCGAUCUGUGUAAUGCAAUGAUGAAACUGAACAUUCACACAAAGACUAUCAUAUUUCUCUUAGUAUUCGUGAGAGCUACUGCCUAUAUUCUAUGGUGAAGCAAAGAACCAAAGGAUACUGUCCCAUUGAACUCGUGUUUAGUACUAUCUCAUGACUUGUAUCACAGUAUAACCUCAGAUAAGUGUUUAACCUUCUAAUGUUUCCCUCAUCCAUUUGUGGUCUUUGUGUGUAGGUGACUUCUUUCAAACUGAAUAUUUUCACUUCUAAGAUUAGCCGAUAUUUUACUUUCUCAACAAUUUUAAAGUUGAUGCCAAUGCUAACUUAUACAUUAUCGUUACGUAAUAUGAUUGAAAUAUCAUUCAAAAAAGUGACUGAAUUGGAGCAUGCUCAA